UUCGAUGCAGCAAGCUAAAAGCUACGCCCAAUUACCGCCACCGGGCAAACAAGCAUUCCCCACUUCCCCACAAUCUCAGGAUCGACGUCACGCUAGGACCAUUUCUACAACGUCAUUUCGGUCUCUGCUCGUCCGAUAGCUUUGCGCAUCUUCAGUACGGCAGUUGAAGAUGGGGACUUUGUCCCCGCGCAGGCCUUCGGUGGCACUCAAGUAUAUAGUGAAUAGGAACCAGACGUUUCGAAAAGUAGACUCGUCGCAAGAUGAAGUUACUCUCGGUUCUGUCCUCAGCGGCGCUUCUUGCGCCUGCCGUCGCCAUCCCAUAUGAUCAGUACAUCCUGGCACCUCGAUCACGAACCCUGAAUCCUGUCUCGGUGCACAACACCAAUGGCUCAGUCAGCAACCCCGAAAGCCUCACGCAGUCAAACGGUAGUUCGACCUUCGAUGGCGACGCAGCCACCUCCUACGACUUCGGUGUCAACAUUGCCGGCGUUGUGUCCUUGAACAUUGGCGCAGUCUCGGAUUCGUCCCAGUACAUUGGCGUCACGUUCUCCGAGAGCUCGUUAUGGGUUUCAAAUGCAUCUUCUGAUGCAACCGCUGAUGCUGGAAAGGACGAGACUCUUUGGUUCCACGUCACAGAGCCAGGGCGGUACACUGCACCGAGAGACAAAGAGAGAGGAGGCUUCAGGUAUAUGACAUUAGUGCAUAACUCGACUGGCACGGUUGAGGUCACGGGUGCGGAAGUCCACUUUACCGCGAUGCCGCAUUGGGAGGACGAUGCAAUCGCAAACUACACUGGAUACUUCCACUGCGAUGACGAGCUUUUGAACCGCAUCUGGUAUGCUGGUGCAUACACUAAUCAGCUCUGCACUAUCGAUCCUAAGCACGGCGAUGCUCUGAUUCAUAUUCGCGAAAUCAAUUCAUCAGUCUCUGACGCCACUAAUGUCACGUGGUAUUACAACGCCACAAUCACCAACGGUACCUCCAGUUUGGUGGACGGCGCGAAGCGCGAUCGACUUGUGUGGGCAGGCGACAUGGCUAUUGGCGUUCCUGGUGUUGUCGUUUCUACCAAUGAUGUGAUCUCGAUCGAGAACUCUUUGAACUCCCUCUUCGACGUUCAGGCAGAGGACGGUCGCCUCCCAUAUGCCGGGCGACCGUUCCCCAAUAUCGUAUCGUUUACGUACCACCUGUAUACACUCAUUGGUGUUGCCGAUCACUACCUGUACACUGGCGACAUCACGUAUGUGCAGGGUCUUUGGGACAAGUGGAAGCUUGCCCUCUCAUGGUCCCUCGGCUACAUCGACUCCUCCGGGCUGAUGAAUGUUACUUCGGCCGCUGACUGGCUGCGCUUCGGCAUGGGCGGGCACAACAUUGAAGCCAACGCGAUCCUCUACUACACCAUCAACCACGGCAUUGAGCUUGCUGCGGCUCUCAACGACACCUCCUCUACGUCCAACUGGACGACCAUCGCUGAGCGUAUCAAGAGCUCCGCUAACGAGCUGCUUUGGAAUGAAGAAGCUGGCAUGUAUAUCGACAACGAAACCACAACCCUCAUGCCGCAGGACGGAAAUUCAUGGGCCGUUGUCGCAAACCUGACCGUGAACUCCACCCAAGUCCAGCGUAUAUCUGCUGCUCUGAAUGAGAGGUGGACGCCGUACGGCGCUCCCGCGCUCGAGGCUGCAGAUGCCAUCUCGCCAUUCAUCUCCGGCUUUGAAUUGCAGACACACUUCCUCGCAGAAAACACAACCGCCGCUAUCGAGCUCAUGAGGCUGCAGUGGGGCUUCAUGCUCGACGAUCCGCGCAUGACGAAUUCGACAUUCAUCGAAGGAUAUUCGACGAGUGGCGAGCUGCACUAUGCACCGUACUUGAACGACGCAAGAAUUUCGCACGCGCAUGGUUGGGCGACCGGGCCGACAUCCUCACUGACUUUCUACAUUGCUGGCAUCCAGCUUCUCAGCGCUGGAGGCAAGACGUGGCGCAUUGCGCCUUCGCUCGGAGAUUUGAAGAUUGCGGAUGCUGGGUUCAGCACGGAUGUCGGUUUCUUCUCCGCGAAGACACAGGUUGCUGACGAUGGCUCUUGGACGAUGGAGUUUGAAGCGCCGCAGGGCACAAGUGGUCAGGUCAAGCUCCCGGAGCUGGGCUGCGUAGGCAAAGUGCUCUUAGAGGAGCAAAGUGGAACCCAGGAGGAUGUCCUAGUCGACGUUCAGGCUGUUGAUGCAGGGCCGGUCACGCUUGCUGGGUUACCAGGUGGGAAAUGGACUGCGAGAUAUGAAUGCUCCUCGUCUUGAGAAGUUCUGGUAGAUGGAAGUUAGAAACUAGUAAACUCGAGAAUA